UGCGCAUCAUAUUUUAGCUUUAUUAGUUGUGGAUCAUGUCAUUUAGAGUGAUAGAUGGAUCAAAAUAAUUACAUUGUUGGGGGGAAAUGGUAUCUUGUAGAAAGGAAAGAGUUGUGGUUUUGGCACUUGUGAACUGCUUAGUUCUGCAGUGGGUGUUUUCCUCCAUCGGACAGGAAGACAUGACAGGGAAUGUGAGUGUUUGUGUGAGUGUGCAUGCGUACUUGCAUUCACGAUCAGCUAGUGUGUCUGAAAGACAUACAGACAUACCGGUACACAGAGUCUUUGGCUAGAGGGUGUAGGUCUGCCUGUUCACAAUGCUGUUGCCACAAGCUUUCUCUCUCCUAACCACCCUCACCCUCUCUACCCCAUUUACCGGUGUUAAGGAGAUCGUUAGAGCAACCAAAGGCAGUCCUUCCCACCUUCCUUGUCUCUCACCCUUUGGAUUUGAUGGCAAAGUUGUUUUUAAAUGGACGAAAAUUGGAAGUCCUGGCAUUAUUUGCGAAUACAAUGUGAAUAGAGAAAUCAGUUCAGUCGUAUCCUGUAAAUCUCAAUUCAAGGUAACCGGAACACCUCCUGAGCUGUAUGUUACAGAGCCAAAGAGCACUGACUCCGGUCUAUAUACCUGCUUAAUAUCAAGAGUCAUACCACCACCAACCAUUGAGGAAUCCUCCAAUGUCGAUCUUCAAGUUACAGUUCCAGUGCUAUUCUCUUCUGCAGUGCUUCCAGGUCUAGUCCUAGAGAGGCAGAACAGCAGUGAUCCUGGCUGCAUCCAGCUUCUCUGUACUUUGGAGGGCCUUGACGCCCAGGACGUCAACUUCACUUGGACCCGACAAGGUCAGGAUUCACCGGAGACACCGUUGACCAACCACAGCCUCUCUAAACAGAGCAGCUUUCUGACAUUGUGCCAAUCAGUGUGGAGAGAGGGUGACACGAUCACCUGCAAUGUCAGACUCUUAGCCAAUAACACCGACCUGAGUAUCAGACAUCCCAAAAGUGAACUAGAGACCUACUAUGAGAAGAACCUUCUGACUAUCAUCUGUGUCAGCACAUCCAUCGGGGUUGUGGCCAUCGUAGCUGUCACCAUAAGUAUUUACAAAUGUCGGCAGAGGACCAAUGAUGAAGGUGAUUCCGUAUCAUACAACAACAAGGUGUACGAGAACUUCAGUUUCAGCACACAAACCCAACAGAGACAGACGACCACUGCAUCCAUCCAGGAACAAUGCAUUUAUGAGAACUAGACAAUCUUAAUCGCACUUUGACAUCCUUGUUCCUCUUUUCAUCCGAGUUCAUAGAUGUGACAUUAUGACAUUGUCAGCAGUAAGAUUUAGCUUGAUUUCCAAAAAGACAAGGCCUGUAGCUUUCAAAUGAUAUGUCAAUUUCUAUUUUCUGAUUAUUAUUUUUGGGGGUUCAGAGUUUAACAGAUUAAAAUACACUGCUCAAAAAAAUAAAGGGAACACUAAAAUAACACAUCCUAGAUCUGAAUGAAUGAAAUAUUC